AUGAAAACGGCGAGCGAUCGCGCCGAACGCGAGGCGGUGGAGUUGGUGAUGUGCUUGCGUCAAAGGGGGGUGGUGAAAGCGUUCGGGGCGGCGCAUAAUGUGCCGAAGCGAGAUUAUGCGUUGGCGGAACUGCGGUUGAAUAACAUCGAGGCGGAGAAGUUGUUGGCGCCGACGGAGAGCACGAUUAAGGGAAUUCGAGAUAAUUUCACGCGAUUGCUCGGCGUGGCGUACGUCGCGGGAUUGUACUUUUUGCAUCCGACGUUCGCGCAAGGCGCAGGAGUGGCGGCUUUCGCCGCGUUUUGCGCGACGUACGAUCAAAUCGCCUUCGGCGGCGGCGUCUCGGCGCUCGCGCUCGACACCGUCGCGCAAUCGACGUCGAAGGAGUACGUCACGCGAUUGCGUCGACACGAAGCGGCGCACUUUCUCACCGCGUAUCUCAUCGGGAUUCUUCCUAAAGGUUACACGUUGAGCUCGAUGGAUGCGUUCAAGACGUACGGUGCGUUUAACAUUCAAGCGGGUUGCGCGUUUUGCGACGGCGAGUUUCAGCGCGAAGUACAAAAGGGUAAAAUUACCUCCACAUCGCUCGGCCGGUUCGCGUGCGUCGCCAUGGCGGGAAUCUGCAUGGAAUACAUCCUUUUUGGAUUCGCCGAGGGCGGUCUGAGCGACGUACAACAACUCGACGGAUUGCUGCGCGCGUUGGCGUUUACGCAGAAAAAGUCUGAUUCGGAAGUUCGAUGGGCGGUGUUGAACACGACGAGUCUGUUACGUAGACACUUAGGGUUGACGGAGAAGCUCGCGGAUUACAUGGCGCGCGGAGCGAGUGUGGGCGAGUGCGUGGCGCUGAUCGAGAAGGAAGUCGAAACCGCCGAAUUCGUUUGA